AUGGGUGAUGCUGCCGAUGAAGAAGACGUGGCGGCGGACGAACAAGUGCUACCAGGCAUCAGCCAUGCAUCAUACGACGAUGAUCAUAUCUGCGACCAUCGAUCAAGUAGCAGCAACUGGUCCAUAAGCGACAUGGAGGACGACUAUGGCCCUUGGUACCUGUAG